CAACCAUCGCCCUCUUCUCAAUUAGUACAGCCAUUCUACAUUAUUUUGCCUUCUUUCCGACUGGAUACCCUCUCGCCGAAUUGAUACAAACUCUAUACCGCCAUGUCUUCGAUCAGAAACGCCGUCCAACGGCGUGUCCAUCGCGAGCGAGCGCAACCUAAAGAACGACAACGUCUCGGUCUCCUCGAAAAGCACAAGGACUACUCCCUCCGAGCCAAAGAUUUCAACAAGAAGAAAGCGCAGCUCCGAGCACUUCGGCAAAAAGCCUCCGACCGAAACGAAGAUGAAUUCUACUUUGGAAUGAUGUCGCGGAAGGGCCCCGGUCACGCGCUCUCCCAAGGAAAGCGGUGGUCGGGCACAGUCAACGGCGAUCGUGGUAACAAGGCCAUGGAUAUGGACACUGUGCGCCUCCUCAAAACCCAAGACGUAGGAUACAUUCGAACGGUACGCAGCGCCGCUCUCAAAGAGGUGAAGGGACUUGAAGAGAGGGUUAUCGGACUGGGAGGGAGCUUAGACGAGGAAGAUUGGGAGGGAUUCGACGACGAUGAUGAAGAGCUAGGAUUUGGUGCGCCGAAAGCGACGAAGGCGAAGAAGAUCGUAUUUACAGGGGACGUAGAGGAACGAGAGGAGAUAUUGCAACAAAACGAAGACGAAGAUAUGGACGUGGAAGAAGACGAGAGCGCCGAAAAGAACCCAGAGAAGCUACGAGCCGAACAACGACAAAAGCUCCUCGAGAAACUACAGAGAAGGUUGCAGAACGCGCGGAAGAAGCUGAAGGUCCUUACACGAACUGAGCACGAAUUAGAGUUGCAACGGACUAGGAUGUCCAAGACAGCAACGUCUAUGAACGGCAUCACCAAGUCCGGCAAGAAGUUCAAAGUUCGGGAGAGGAAGCGAUAAAUCGUUUCAAUACCACAAUUAAAAGGAGGAAAACGAUGCGAGAGCAUAAGUAGCGGUUAACAGAACCGGAUUUUUCAUCCUUUGCUCUCAUUAUUACAGGCGGCGUUCAGGCAACCGGGGUUCUCAGAUCGUCUAGAGCUAUGCGAUACCCAGAAAGAAAUAGACCCAAUCCCAUAUAUACAUCCAUCGCAAUUCGAUUGACUCUCGAGCACCGAUCGCUUCUCCCGAGCGUAUAUCGUGCUUGUA